CUUCUCUUUUUCUCUCUUUCGAAAUCGAUCAACAAUGUUGAAGGUAGCGGCGAGCGAAGCUCAGAAUCCAGAGCUCUCAUCUCACGCGCCGCCGCCGCCUCUAUCAGCCGAGGAAACUCACAUCUUCGUCUCCAAACUCCCCGCCAUUCCGAUCACCAACGACAUUCCUCUCCACACCUACUGCUUCCAGCACUCCUCUGAGUAUCCAGAUCGCCCCUGCCUCAUCGUCGGCGCCGGCGCCGGAAAAUCCUACACCUUCGCCGAAACGCACCUCAUCUGCCGUAAGGUGGCGGCCGGCCUCUCCGCCGUCGGAAUUAGGAAAGGCGACAUGGUGAUGUCGCUCCUCCAGAACUGCGCCGAGUUCGUCUUCACGUUCAUGGCGGCGUCGAUGAUCGGCGCCGCCACCACCACCGCGAAUCCGUUCUGCACCUCCGGCGAGAUCUACAAGCAGUUCAAGGCGUCGGGAUCGAAGAUGAUCGUCACUCAAUCGGCGUACGUCGAUAAGCUCCGAGACACCGGCGACGAAUCGAUUGUUUUCGGGAAGGAUUUCUCCAUCGUCACGAUCGAUUCGCCGAUUGAGGAUUGCCUGAGCUUCUCCGAUCUAAUGGCGGCGGAUGAGGCGAGUUUGCCGGAGGUGGAAAUCGAUCCGAACGACGCCGUUGCGCUUCCGUUCUCUUCAGGAACCACGGGGCUGCCGAAGGGGGUGAUUUUGACGCAUCGGAGCUUGAUCUCGAGCGUCGCGCAGCAGGUCGACGGCGAGAAUCCUAAUUUGUACUUAAAAUCAGACGACGUCGUUCUGUGCGUGCUGCCGCUGUUCCACAUCUUCUCGUUGAACUCGGUGCUUCUGUGCUCGCUGAGAUCCGGCGCGGCGAUUUUGCUGAUGCAGAAGUUUGAGAUCGGAGCUCUGCUCGAGCUGAUUCAGCGGCACCGCGUCUCGGUGGCGGCGGUGGUGCCGCCGCUUGUGCUGGCGUUGGCGAAGAAUCCGAUGGUGGAUGGCUUUGAUUUGAGCUCUAUUAGGAUGGUUCAUUCGGGGGGAGCGCCGCUGGGGAAGGAGCUGGAAGCGGCGCUGCUCAGCCGUCUGCCGCAGGCGGUGCUUGGACAGGGCUAUGGCAUGACUGAGGCCGGGCCCGUGUUAUCCAUGUGCUCGUCCUUCGCGAAGCUUCCACUGCCAACCAAGUCCGGCUCUUGCGGCAACGUGGUCCGCAACGCUGAGCUCAAAAUCGUCGACCCCGACACCGGCUGCUCCCUCCCCCGCAACAAACCCGGUGAAAUUUGCAUCCGUGGACCUCAAAUCAUGAAAGGGUAUUUGAAUGAUCCGGAGGCAACUGCUAGAACUAUAGACGUGGACGGUUGGCUCCACACGGGCGACAUAGGGUACGUGGAUGAUGACGAUGACGUGUUCAUCGUAGAUAGGGUGAAGGAACUCAUCAAAUUCAAAGGCUUUCAGGUGCCACCAGCUGAGCUCGAGGCUCUUCUCAUAUCCCAUACCCAAAUUUCUGAUGCUGCAGUUGUAUCGCAAAAAGAUGAAGCUGCUGGUGAAGUUCCUGUGGCUUUUGUAGUUCCAUCAAAGGAAUCCAAACUUACUGAAGAAUCUGUCAAAGAGUUCAUCUCCAAACAGGUUGUAUUUUACAAGAGACUACACAAAGUGUACUUUGUUCCUUCGAUUCCAAAGUCAGCAUCUGGUAAAAUAUUGAGGAGGGAUUUGAGAGCCAAGCUUGCUCAUGCUUCCUCUUAAUAAUUAUAAUUACAUAUAUUCAAAUAUGCAAUUUAGAUUUAUCAUUUAUUGCCUCGCGUUUGUUACCUUUUUUCCAUGUUUAUUUAUACUAAGGAAACAGUUUUUCAUCAUGUAAUUUUUUUGGAGACAUCAAUUCUUUGUAUUAGUAAUGUCUAUUUAUUCGAUCCAAUGAAUAUUUUGCAAUAAUUUAUCACUUA